GAGUGAGCGACUACAAAGAGCUCCAUCUGGCAGCACGUGUAACUGACACAAUCCCACGCGCUCUCUCCGCCGCAACAAUGGCUUCUUCUCUCGCCGCCUCCGCCGCCGUCUCCCCUCAGUUUCGCCAUCCCUCCUCCACCAGAGUUUCUCUGUUCGCCUCCUCCUCUUACCGUUCUCUCUUGGCUCUCGGAAGUAUCGGCUCUUCUUCCCUGAUCUCUCAUUCAUUAUUCAUUCAGAAGAAAUCUUCCAUUUACACGACGAGCAGAGGUUAUCCGACGUGGAUUUCCCCGAAAUGUGCAGCUUCUGAUGCAGCUCAAUUGAGGAGCGCUAAAGAAGAUAUCAAAGAGCUUCUCCGGACCAAGUUUUGCCAUCCGAUUAUGGUUCGGUUGGGAUGGCAUGAUGCCGGUACAUAUAACAAGAACAUUGAGGAAUGGCCACAGAGAGGCGGAGCUAACGGUAGCCUUAGAUUCGAGGUUGAGCUAAAACAUGCUGCCAAUGCUGGUCUUUUAAAUGCUUUAAACCUCAUUCAGACUAUCAAAGACAAGUAUUCAGGAAUAUCAUAUGCAGACUUAUUCCAGUUGGCAAGUGCCACCGCUAUAGAGGAGGCCGGUGGUCCGAAAAUCCCAAUGAAGUAUGGGAGAGUUGAUGUAUCUGGACCUGACCAGUGUCCAGAAGAAGGGAGACUCCCUGAUGCUGGACCCCCUUCACCUGCUGAUCAUUUGAGAGACGUUUUCUACAGAAUGGGACUAAAUGACAAGGAAAUAGUAGCCUUAUCAGGUGCACACACCCUAGGAAGAGCCAGGACAGAACGGAGCGGUUGGGGCAAACCUGAGACGAAAUACACGAAAGAUGGACCUGGAGAACCAGGAGGACAGUCGUGGACAGUGAAAUGGCUAAGAUUCGAUAAUUCCUACUUCAAGGAUAUCAAGGAGAGGAGGGAUGAAGAUCUACUCGUUUUACCCACUGAUGCUGCGCUAUUCGAAGACCCUUCCUUCAAGAAUUAUGCUGAGAAAUAUGCGGAAGAUCAGGCGGCAUUUUUCAAGGACUAUGCCGAAGCUCAUGCUAAGCUCAGCGAUCUCGGGGCCAAAUUCGAUCCUCCAGAGGGAAUCAUCAUCGACAGUGAACCCACGCAACAGCCUGCAGAAAAGUUCGUCGCAGCCAAGUACUCCACAGGAAAGAGGGAGCUGUCGGAUGCGAUGAAGCAGAAGAUAAGGGCGGAGUACGAAGGGUUUGGAGGAAGCCCAAACAGGCCCCUCCCCACAAACUAUUUCCUCAACAUUAUCAUCAUCGUCUCCGUUUUGGUCCUCUUGACUUAUCUCUCCGGUAAUUUCUCUGAUCCCUCCUCUUUCUAACACCUUCCUUCUCCAAAAAAAAAACUUUUUUUUAUAUAUGUAUAUAUACACAUUUGUAUACUUGUAUUAUCAUUGACUGAUGAUGGGUUUAUAUUUCAUUUAUUUACUUGUUUGAUA